AGGGCUUGCGGACUGACUGUACAGUGCUUUUCUUCCUUUCUCAGUUGAUCAUUAAGAUUAUCUUAAAUUGACCACGUAGUACAUGUCCAGAUCCAAUCCAGUAUUAUUGGUUAGCUUCAAAAUCAGCUGCUCAGCUCAGCCUUGUUGUUAAUGUUUUGUACGUACCGUACCGUACACAUAUACAAUUACAAGAUAGACAGUGCAUCAGAGAUCAUUUAUUUUUAUGUUAGCUCCUCUUGCUGUUCGCCUUUCAAGGUACAGAUCCACAUAUCCUGUGGAGGUUGAAUUAAUAACAGAGAAGGACUGAUUAGAAUACCUACUAACUACUCACAAUGAGUUCCAGUGGCCAGUUUGACUCUUAUGUGAAACAACACCUUGGAAAGUACACUAAUAGAGAUCAGACACACCGAGAUAUCCUCAAUGUGUUUGCUGCAUUCAAAGAUCUCAGACCAAAGAUAGAUACUCAUGUUUUUAAUGAUGGAAGGAGACAGGAGCUUAUCUGUAUAGAUGGAACAAUUCCUGUACUCUACAAAGCAAACACAUACAACAUACCAAUCUGUGUGUGGAUCUUAGAGACUCACCCCCACAAUCCUCCACUCUGCUUUGUAAGACCAACUAGCACUAUGUUAAUCAAACCUUCUAAACAUGUAGAUGCCAAUGGUAGAGUCUACUUACCAUACUUACAUGACUGGAAACCAAACAACUCUGACCUUGUUGGGCUAAUUCAGGUUAUGACAGUUGUCUUUGGAGAGAGUUCACCUGUCUAUGCUAAAUCUGCAGGACAACCACCACCCCGCCCCUCUUAUACCCCAGGAGGGGGUGGUAUGCCGGGUUAUCCACAAUCCCAGCCACAGUCCUCCUACAUGCCAAUGCCGAUGCCUACCCCAGUUACUGCAUCCAGUGGUUACAGUCAACCCCAGUACCCACCAUCUACCAGCUACCAUCCUCCUGCUGUAGGGGGUAGUGGAUUCAACCCAGGAUACCCUGGUUCAUCUAGUUACCCUGGCUAUCCAUACCAGCAAGGUCAAUCAACACCAGGUCAACAGAACCAAUCAUACAAUCCUACUUCUACCACCACAGCUAGUACAACAGGUUCCCAUCCACCUGUUGCUAAUCAGACUAGUCUCUCUGAUGAUGCAAUCAAGGCUUCACUACAAUCUGCAGUGGAGGAUAAACUCAAAAGAAAACUCAAGGAGAACUCUGAAAAAUUCCAGGCGGAGAUGGAUUCUUUGACAGCUACCAAAGAGAAGCUGAAGAAUGGUCAGAGGAAACUAGAAGAUAUCAUCAACCAGUUGGAAUCAGAAACGGCUGAAGUUCGUCAGAACACUGAGAUAAUAAAACAGAAGGAUGAAGAGAUAAAGACAGCUCUGUCUAAGAUGGAAGGCCGUGAUGAAUUAGACCUGGAUGAUUCUGUAGUACCAACAGCCCCUCUGUAUAAACAACUACUCAACUUGUUUGCUGAAGAGAUGACUAUUGAGGACACCUAUUAUUAUCUAAUGGAAGGACUAAAAAAAGAUGUCAUUAGCAUAGAUGACUUCACAAAGAAUGUUCGGGAGCUGUCCAGAAAGCAAUUUUUACUCCGAGCUCACAUACAGAAAGUCAGACAAACAGCUGGACUACGAGAGAUAACGCCAUUAUGAGACCAACAUUGACAUGAAAGAUUUGUAUAUAAUAAUACAAUGUAUAAUACAUUGAAAAAAAAUUUAAUAAAUCAUUAUAUCGUAUGGAAUGUUAUAGGGGUACUGAACUUUUUUAUUUGAACAGAUAAGAGUAAAAUCAGACAAACAAAGUUACUCUGAAAAUUUCCUCCCAACUUUCGCCAGGAAUAACAAAGAUUUGCACUAUGUCAAACAGUUCUAUGCAUGUCAACAUUAUUAUGCCUUGAGCAAGCUGAUGAUGUCAUAUUCUUUGGUGUAUUUCAUUAUUAGUUUAUUAUGCUCUUUCAAAUUUCACCUCCAAGAAAUCAUAAAUAUGAUUGAUUGCUUCUUUACUGUGUAAGAUAAUCAUUGCUAAACUUAUUUUGCUACAAGAGAGACAUGUGUUUACAAACAAAGCUUUUUAUUUCAACAAUGAAAAGUAUAUCACAUGACAUUGGUACAAUGAAAUACAACACAGUAAUGAACAUAUCCGGUAACAGUAUAGAUUGAGCACCCACUGAACUGCUAGGGUCAAAUAAAGUUAACUGAAUUACUAUAGUCAAUAAAGACUAUUUCACCCUAUCCUUUGAGUUCUUACAUAAAUGAAAAAGCAGAUAAAAUAAUUGAAUGUGAACAAAAGCGUUAAUGGACAAUUAGCAUGCUUAAUAUAUCUGUAACUUAAAGGGAAAGUUCACCCUGAAGAAAAGUUGUUGUACAAAUAGCAAAAAAAAAUAUAUAUAUUGAUGAAGGUUUGAGGAAAAUCCAUUAAAGAUUAAGAAAGUUAUUAGAAAUUAAGUUUCGGAUUUGUGACGUCAUAAACAAGGAGCUACCCCAUAUGUUAUGUAAUAUAAAAUGCAUAAAUUUCAAUUUUUUAAUGGUUCGUGAUGACUUAUUUUUGUUUUCUUUUUAGGGACGGGUGUGAAUUGUGAAAUGAUUUAUCAAUUGAUAUACUGAAGGUACAGUAAAAUCCAUUUUCAAUUUUUUGAGAAAAUAAAAUUUCAUUGAUUUUUACCAUAUGAUAUGUAGGAAAGCUGCUCGCAUAUGACGUCACAAAUAAAAUAAUUAAAAUUCUAAUAACUUUUUUGUUCUGUGAUAAUUUUUUUUCAAACAUUAGGCAAUAUUUUUUAUGAUUUUUGCUAUUUAUACAAUAAACUCUUUUUCAGGGUGAACUUCCCCUUUAAUUUUUAUUUCAUGUACUAAAAAAAAAAUUAAAAUAAGAAUAUGAUGUCAAUAGUCCACCUAUUGCAUUUUUAUGAUGCCAUAACUGUUUUCACAAACUAUUUUAAGAUUUGUGUUUACCUCGACAGCCAAUCACGGUUCAUCGUUUAGUAUCCAUUGUCUCUUUCGAUUCUAAAAUAUAUUGCUUUGUUUGAGCGUUCUGUUCAUUCAUGCGAUUUUACUCCGAUAAGUGCAUGUCGAAAAGUUUAAGUAUGUCCAUUUUUAAAGGACAAGUCCACCUUAACAAAAAGUUUAAUUGAAUAAAAAGAGAAAAGUCCAACAAGCAUAACACUGAUAAUUUCAUCAAAAUCGGAUGUAAAAUAAGGCAGUUAUGACAUUUUAAAGUUUUGCUUAAUUUCACAAAAUGGUUAUAUGCACAUCCUGGUCGGUAUGCAAAUGAGGAGACUGAUGACAUCACUCACUAUUUCUUUUGUAUUUCAUUACGUGAAAUAUGAAAUAUUUAAAUUUUUUCCUCAUUGUCCUGUGAAACAAAGUUUGAUUUCUCCCUGAACAUGUAAAAUUACCAUGGUUGAAAAAUUUUGUGGUUCAGUAAAGUGGAUCUUUAUUUUCAAAUCUGUAAAAAAUUAAAUAUUGUAUAAUUCAAACAAUAAAAAUAAAAGAAAUAGUGAGUGAGGGACAUCAUCGACUCUCUCAUUUGCAUACCACUGAGUUGUGUAUAUAACUGUUUUGUGAAAAAUGAGCAAAACUUUACAUCCGAUUUCGAUGAAAUUUUCAGUGUUAUACUUUUGGGGAUUUUUACUUUUUUAUUCAAAUCAUUAUUUUUCUGGGGUGGACUUGACCUUUAAAGGACUAGUCCACCCCACCAAAAAAAAUUGAUUUGAAUAAAAAAGUAAAAAUCCCCCAAAGUAUAACACUGAAUAUUUCAUCAAAAUUGAGAAAGUUAUGACAUUUUAAAGUUUCGCUUAAUUUCACAAAACAGUAAUAUGCUUAUUAUGGUCGGUAUGCAAAUGAGACUGAUGGUGUCAUCCACUCACUAUUUCUUUUGUAUUUUAUUACAUGAAAUAUUCUAAUUUUCUCAUUGUCAAGUGAAACAAAAAUUAAUUCCUCCCUGAACAUGUGGAAUUAGCAUUGUUUAAUACUUUAUGGAUCAGCCAAGUUGGUCCUUAUUGUCAAAUCUGUAAAAAAUGAAAUAUUGUAUAAUUC